GGAAUGCAACCUCGACGCACGCACCCGCGGAACCCGCACUCCACCAGUUUUUGCUCAACUCAAGAGAUCCAAUUGCAACCACCACGAUGGCCACCAUGUCAUCCGACGAAUCCCUCGCCCCAACCCCCCUCCCAGCCCACAUCUACAAACUCCUCCCCUCUCCACCACCCUCUCCCCUCCCUCCCGCCCUCCCCGUCUCCGAACUGGACCAGAACGACGGGUAUAUCCAUCUCUCGACACAUACCCAGGUCCCCGGAACCGCUUCCAGAUUCUUUGCAUCAGAGAAGGAGGUGUGGUUGCUGAAAUUACGGUAUGAGGAUGUAAAGCCGCACAUUCGAUGGGAGAAGAGUGGAAGCGGCGUGUUUCCCCACUUCUACAAUGGGUUGAAGGUUGGGAAGGAUAAGGUGUUUGACGUAAAAGGAUGGAAGAAGGCGGACUUUGCGGGACGGGAUUGGAAGGAGAUUUUGGAGGAGGAUGCGUGGUUGGAGGCAUGAAUAUCAGAAAAAACAGACGUGAUAAAUUAUGCCCAUGAAUAGAUAGAUGUAUACCAAAUGCCCAAAGUAAACCCCAUAACGAUAAAUGAACCGAUAGGUAACACCAUGACCCUUACACCCAACCUACCCAUCAUGCUUC